AUGCCCGACGGCGGCGAUAACCCCCACGGCAAGGGCCGACCCAACCUCGCGAAGGACGUCGGGGUCGGGACCGCUCGGUUCUUCGGGAACAUCGCUCUGCUUCCUUUUACCAGUACCGCGUUGGUGGUCAAUAGCGUCGCGUACGGUGUGAAGAGCGUGAAGGCACACAGGCAGAACAGCAGUCGCGAGGAAGAGCUCCCCGCCGAUGCAUUGGAUGCGACCCGGGAAAGGGGACCAGGCUCAUCAAAAGCAGAACAAGCAAGACGCGAUUCUCCUGAGGUAUCAUCUUCUACGAACCAGAUCCAGCUCAGGAACGAGGAGCACGUGGAGGCGAUCUGCCGGCGGCAUUUGGAUCGUGGGUUUCGGAACGACAAGAUCCAUAAUCUUGAGUUUAGAGGGAAUGUGGUUGAUGUUUUUGAAAGCGGUUGA